AUGGAAGAUGAAGAUUACAAAUAGGUGUAGAACUAUAUCCUAUGUAAAUUUAUUAUUUUUAACAAGAGCGCACAUUAGGGCAAGGAACUUUUGGCAAGGUUAAAUUAGGCUAUCAUACUAUUGCUGAUGAAUUCGUAAUAUUGAAAGUAUAUUUAUAAGGUGGCAAUAAAAAUGCUUGAAAAAAGUAGAAUAGAAAAUCAGUGUGAUUUAGUUAGAGUAUAAAGGGAAAUCUGUAUCCUAAGAAAAGUUAGCCAUCCAAAUGUAAUAAAAUUAUAUGAGGUAAUUCUAUCAUAAUCAAAAACAAGAUCUUAGAAUCUGAGUCAUGCGUCUAUUUAGUAAUGGAAUACGUGAAGGGUGGAGAAUUGUAUGAUUACAUAAUAAAGAAGAAAUAGUAAUCUGAAUCCUAAAUGAAAUUAGCCUACCAGAGAACAUAGCAGUGCGUUACUUCUAAUAGUUAGUCUUUGCAACUGAAUAUUUGCAUUCAUAAAAUAUAAUUCAUAGAGAUUUGAAACCAGAAAAUCUUUUGCUUGAUGAGAAUAGACAACUUAAAAUAGCAGAUUUUGGUCUAAGUUUUUUAUCCUAAACUAAAGGAGAAUAUCUUAAAACAGCUUGUGGAUCUCCUUGUUAUGCUGCACCCGAAAUGCUUGGUAUACAUUUUUAAAUAAUAAGUUGGUAAAACUUAUGAGGGAACUAAAAGUGAUAUUUGGAGUUGUGGAAUAAUUUUAUUUGCCAUGUUAUGUGGCUAUCUACCAUUUGAACAUGAGAACACAAAAUAACUUUAUGAAUUAAUUAAAAAUAGUGAUUUUGAAAAACCAGAACAUUUAUCGAAAAAUGCUCUUGAUCUAAUAACAAAGAUUCUUAUUAAAGAUCCAAAUAAAAGAUACAAUUUUGAUUAAAUUAAAUAACAUCCUUUUUUUUAGUUGCAUACUUCUAUCCCAACUAAGAAUUUAAGUUUGAAUGAUUAAACAAUCAUUUCAAAGAUGGUAGAUAUGGGAUAUUAACAAAAUUAAAUUAUAGUUUAAUUGUAAUCUAAUAAGCAUAACACACUCACCACUAUUUACUAUCUUUUACAAAAAAAAUAUAAUCAACCCCAUAGAAAAAGCUUUUUUUAAAAUAUUCAAAAUAUAGGGAAUCUCAAACUUGACAUUAAUUAAAAAAGAUUUACAAUUGCUAAAUUCUAACCAUCUCAUUAAGGAUCACCUAAUCUAGAAAAAAUUGAGAAAUUAAAAAAAUCUAUAAGAACUAGAUUAGAUAAUUCCCCUUAUUUAUAGACUUAGAUUUCAUAAAAAUUUAAAAAAGUUAAUUUAUCAGUUUAAUCUAAAAGAGUGAGUAUCUAAAUUGAAAAUUAGAGAUAAAAGACUAAUUCUGUUUAAGAAAAACAUUAUGAUUAUCCUAAUAUUAUCACACCAAAUAUUUCUGAUUAAAAAUAAAUUUAAAUUGAUCAAACAAAAUCUAGACUUUAAUCUAGGAAAAAUUCAAAAAAUUAACCACCUUAUAAAGUUAUGUAAAAAAAAGAAAUAGAACAAAUAAUAAAAACAGAUUAUAAUGAAGAAAUUUUUAAUAAUUAGAAAGGUAUUUACGCUUAAGUAAAAUAAAGAAAUAAAACACAGCCAAAUAAAAAUGAUGAAGGGUAAAAAUAUUUUGAAAGAAAUCCAAAAUUGAAUAUCUCUCAUUAAGUAAUAAAUUAUUAAAUUAGAUGGUUGAAAAGACACCUUAAAUUUCCCCUUAUAUAAAUUUGAAUUUAAACAAUCAUCGACACUUGUUCAAAUAGAUUUAUAAUGGAAAUAUGCAUGAUUUUAUGAAGAAAAAAAAUGAGUUUAAAGUCUAAAAAAUUUUAAAUAAUCUGUCGUGA